AUGAAUGCAAAGGAGUAUUCCACCGUGGUAAGUUUCAUGUCAUCGGCAGGUAGGUUCGAGAGGAGCGCGGAAGCCUUCGAUUUUGCCAACUGGGAGUGGGACAAGGCAGAGGAGGAUUUCCUGGAAGACGGCACGUGCCCGAGGACCUGCGUGGACCGUGGUGACAUGGGGAUGUACAUGUGUCAUGCGGGUGAGGCGGUGGCACUGCAGGACUCCAGAUGGCAGACAGUAGACAAAUUGCUAGCUGAGAUUCGCCACACGGCUUACAUGACGACAUGGGAGGGGAAGCUGUUAGUGAUUGGGUGCAGAAGCUUUGGUGAAGCCCAUGUGGCGUACAUGUUGGAUUUGAAGAGUCGUAGGUGGAGGAAAUUGGUGGCGCCGGAGGAGUUUUGUGGUCAUGUUCAGUCAGGUUGCUGUUUGGAGAUCUAA